AAUUUAGGAUUCUUUGAGCUUGUAAUUAGUUUAACUAUUCAGACUCGCAGCCAAGGGCACUGAGAUACACUUGAUAGAGGCGCAUGCGUCUAACACACACACACACAUGCACACAUACAGCGGGGAGCAUUUUGAUUUGAUCACAGGUGUAAAAGCUGAUACACAGGUUUAGUUUGGUUUCUAAACUAAAGCUGUGUAAUUGACUGGAGAGAUAGAAGACAAUAUCCCCUUGCUUUGGAGGAUGUUUUGGGGUUGUUACAUCUUAUUAAACCUCAUGUGCACACAUUAGACCGUUUCAGCACUUACACAUAAUGUAAUAAACAGCCCAUUGAGCCUCCUGCUACCUGGAAAAACAACCUUUUUGCUUUUUACAAGGUCUGUUUUAUAGACUUUAAUGCUUCUACUUCUGUAGUAAGUGCAUCGAUUCCAUGUGGGCCUGUGAAUUCAUUUAAAGUGCUCAAAAGAUAUCCAAAAUAAACCAUUAAGUGUCCUGUUGAUGAAGCUACAUGUCACUGUGGCAUCUCUGACAAGCGUCCAUCAUUUUCCUCCCCACAUGACCUUCUUUAUACCCUGUGUAGACGAUGCUUUACCUUGAACAACACGUUGAGAGCUGGGAAUAGGAGUUGCCUCUAGCAGUUUUCUUCUAAGCAGCCCCCUGGAUGUGGCAGCACUAUUGAUUAAGACCUGGAUCUCAUGUAAAAGACAGAGACAGAUGGAGAGCGAGAGCAGGUUUCAUCUGAUUGAAGAUCUGUCUUAUGAAGAUGUGAAGAAAUGUUACCGCGGCUCGUGUGUGUCUUGCAGCAGCUUGCUCCAGGCCUUGGAUGUGCGCGAGUGUGUGUGUGUGUACGGUGCCAACGUGCUGAGCCUGGUGCAGAGCUCGCGUCCUCUGAGGGAGAGGGUGGUGUCUGCGGCGAGCGGAGCCGGAGUGGCCGCUGGUGGUGGUGGUGGCGGAGUUGGCGGUGGGGCCGGUGCUGUUGGUGCCGUGCAGGCAGGCCGGUCCGCCAAGGAGCUGCUCAUGACUCUGCCCUGUCCCUCUGCACAGACUGUCAGCAAGUACAACUCGCAGUACCACAAACUGUUCCAGUGUGUGCCCAAGGAUGAGAUCCUCAUGAAAGUGUACUCCUGUGCUCUCCUCAGAGAUAUCCUUCUACAAGGUCGGCUCUACAUUUCCAGAAACUGGCUGUGUUUCUAUGCCAACCUUUUCGGCAAAGACAUUAAGGUGGCUAUCCCUGUCGUUUCUGUGAGGCUGGUGAAGAAGCACAAAACAGCGGGCCUCGUGCCCAAUGGCUUGGCUAUCACCACAGACACUGGCCAGAAGUAUGUAUUUGUGUCUCUGCUGUCAAGAGACAGUGUGUAUGACGUCCUUCGAAGGAUCUGCACACACCUACAGGUCAAUGGGAAGAGUCUGAGCUUGAAGCAGUUCAUGGAGGAGCCGACCUUAUCCUUGGAUGAGUUCCCGGCUGCAGACGAGUUCCCAGUGGUUAAUGAAUUCCCAUCAGUGUUGAAGUGGAGAAGAAAACCCUCGGUGGUGUCUGUGUCCUCCUCUCUUCCUGACCUCCUGGGGACCUCGACCGGCAGCCUGAGCCCCACAGACGCACCCUUCAAAUCAGAGCAGCUGCUGGAAGAGCGAUCUCUGCAGACAGACAGAGGUCUUUUAUCAGAGCCGGUGACAGAGCUGGGCCAGAUGGAGUACCAGCUGCUCAAGUUCUUCACCCUGCUUAUUAUUCUCCUCAUCCUGUCAUCGUGCUACCUGGCCUUUCGCGUGUGCAGUCUGGAGCAGCAGCUGUCCUUCCUCAGUAACCCAACUCUGCCCCUUAGAGAGAGGUAACCACUGCUCUCCGCUGUGAUUGGCUGCUGUUUCCUCUCCUCCUGCUUCAAAAUGAUGACGUUCUUCUGCGACAGAUCCAAGAUCGGCUUUCAAGUCCGGAGAAGAUCAACCCCCCCAAACUAGCACUUCACAAAGGUGCAACAUCAGCCCGAGUUCAGACUUCUAAAAGGACCUCCUCCUCCUCGCAGGACGAGCUCCUAUGUAGUGAUCACUUCCAGCCUAUGCAAACAGACGGUGUAUUUAAAGUAGGUUUUACUGUAGAUAAUGAUUGUCCACCAUGACCCCUUUACUCCCACGUGACACUGAAAUGUAAAGCUCCUCAACACUGAAAUAAUGAGCGGAUCACAGUUGCUGUUUGUGGCACUGGUGGGUCGCUGUCAGAGGAUGUAGAGAUAAAAGAGAUAAUUCAAAACAUGAAUAACUUGAAAACACUGACUGUAAGAGAUAUUUCAGGUGAGUGUUUACGACUUACUCUGUGCUAUCUUUCAUAUUCUGUUAGACAAGUGGACUAAACCAGAUGUUUGGGGAGGCUUUUUCUUCUGGUGAGAUCUUUCCAUUGACCUCUGUAGGAAGGCUAAAAGGAGCUACUACAAUGCACUUUCUAAACUAUGUCAACAUUAUUUCAAAAAUAUGCAAGUAUUUUAAAAGUCUUGAUCUGUAUGUGCUUGAUGAGCGGUGGUACUCAGAUGUCAUUUCUGCUGGUAUUUAUGGAAGGAUGUGAUUGUAAACCUGACUGAAUGACGAAACCGUCCAUUUAACUUUUAAAUACUGGAGCUGUAACACUGCUCGGUGAUGUUCGAUAUAAUGUGAAGGAGGUGGCUAACUGGUGAAAUGUAUAAUUUAUAGUUUCUAGUUGUUCUAAUCUUCAGUGUGAAAGGAAUACCCAGUGUGGUUUGUUUUUCUUUUAUACCUUUGAGAUGAAGUCACCAAAGACUUAAACAUGUCACGUUGAGGUUUUUGAGUGUUUAUGUUAAUGUAUCUUAAUGUUAAGAUAUUUUAUUGAUUUUGCAUACAUGAGGAAAAUGUAGUCCUAUACUUGUUUGUGAAAUCCCUAUGAAUUAAAUCGGCAAAACAAUGUAGAUUUAAAAAAAAAA